CGCAGUGUUUAUCCUCUGCCUUCAUCUUUCUCUGCGAUUCCGUCUCGUCUGAUUCAAGUCAACUCAUUGUUUGCUUGCACUGGUCGCUGGUCCCGCAUUCCACUCACAACUUGCAAUAUAAAUAUUUAUUAAAAGCAGAACCUCGUAUCAUUAUAAAAUAUGCAGCUCCAGAUUUACUCAAUCAUCUUCAUCGUCUUCAGUCCUUAUUUAAUUAUCCCGCCUUUAUUUCUGCAACUCACCUUGAACAAAAAUAUUGUCUAAAAAUGGUGGAUCUAUAAUCAUGACAUAUGCCAAUAUUAGUUGAUCUUCGAUAUCACCUCUCUCACAAAAAGCGUCAACUUGCAAUAAGGUUUAGAUGCUCAAAUUUUCCCCAUUAAUGACGUUGAGAACUAAUUUUAAACUAUAGACCACGACUUUAAAUCUGAAGUGACACCAGAAUCUGAAACAUUUGCCAUGGAGUAUUGAUUGCGUUCUCCCCAACUGACAGUGGGCCGGUGGGCUCAGGCCUGGCAAGUGGGAAUCACAAGAAAUUGAAAUAGGAGCAACUUGCAGGGACAAAAACGCAGAGUCCCAGUCCAGAAGACAAUAAAAAUUAAAAUUGACUGCUUCAAGCCAUGUGAAGUACAAUGCUUUACUCCCAAUUUUCAGACUCCAACUGGAAUUGCCGUACACCUGUGGGCACUUAGUAUGGCGUGUCCGUAGAUCUGUGUUUGCUCCGCUACGGACUAACUCCCUUCACUCCUUUACAAGAAGAAGCUGUUGAUUUGGUCCCACACAGGGGCCGGGCUUCUUGUUUCCACAGGCGCACUAAUAGCAAUGAAAGCAGAAUUGCACAUGACUAUCAAAUUCUGUCGCAUUCCGAAUCAUAUUUGCAAUCUUUCUGAGAUUUUAAAGCUGACUUCUUUUGAUCUAACUUUUUAUGAAUCGUAUUAAAAUUUCCGAAGUCUACAGCCUAGCGGACAUGGCAGAGCUUCUGGCUGUUUGGUUUCUCAGGGACUGAUCCGAAAUCUAUGCCUCUCAUCUUACCCUUUGAUGAGUCGAACAGAGUUUCGGAGCCUUUGAUGAGUCGAACAGAGUAGCCUUUCAUGUAUAGAGCAGAGUGAGUUUGAUUGAACAUUAGCAAUGGAGUAGAAAUGAAGUAAUAAAGGACUGAUGGUUAAUUAAUGGUUUCUGAUUUUGUAGUGUUCGUCGCCAAAAAAAUUGCAGUGGCAAUCGGUAGAGGUACAUCAGAGAGUAACUGUGAAGGGAGUAAAGAGUGGUGCUGCAUGGGUAGAGGUACACCACACAGGGGGGGUAACAUUGGGGAUUUGCUGGAUAAAGUUUCCCGGUCCUGUUUGUUGCAUCCUACGGGCCGCAAAUUAAGCAGGGGACGGUCUGCAGAGGUUUUGUCUCUUUCUGAGGAUGAAGAAGAAAGCAGCGAUUUGGCUUCACCAGAGAAUGGCCGUAGCCCGAACAGAUCUGUCCAACUGCAGCCAAUGGAGUCGGCCGAUUAUGAAAAGCUUUUACAGAGAAUGCAGGCCAUGGAAGAACUGUUUACGGAUAUUUUCGAAACUACCUACACUCUGAAAACGGCUUACAUUCGCCUGCAGAUGGCGCAUUCGCCAUAUGACCCUGAAAAGCUUCACCACGCCGACAAGGCCGUGGUUUCACAGCUGCAGAAGCUGUCAGAUCUGAAGCAGUCCUACAGAAGAGUUAACGGAUUCAUCUGCACGGUUCCUCCCGGGAAAUUUGCAGACAUGGAAGAUCAGAAAAAAAUCGUUGCGACCUAUGAAAGUGUUGUUACGGAACUGAAAACAGAGGUAAGGGAAAAGGAUGCAGAGAUACAAUUUCUCAAGCAAAAUCUGAAACAAGUGACUAAAAAUAUUGAGAAAUUGGAAAGGCGCUUGAAAAAGUACGGCAUUAAAGAUGAUAACCGCGAGACUCAAGUUCAGAGGCGGAUUUCCAUGGAGUCUCCAACCCCUGAAUUAUUUCAGUCGACAUUUGAGCAAGUCCACGAAGCUACUAACAACUUCACCAAAGUCUUAAUGGCGGAGAUGAAGAAAGCACGCUGGGACGUGAACGCAGCCGCCGCUGCCAUUGCACCGGCCGUCUCAUUCAGAAAGCCAAAUCACAUUAAAUUUGCCUUCAACUCCUAUUUGUGCGAAAAACUGUUCCAAGGGUUUGAGAAUGAAAGCUUUUAUAUCAGCGGCAGCCUUUCUUCUCUCCUUGAGCCAGAAAAGCACAGGCAAGACUGCUUCACACAGUUCAGAGACAUGCUUCCCAUGGAACCCUCAGAGCUUCUCAACAUACUGCCGGACUGCGCCUUUGGCAAAUUCUGCAACAAGAAGUACCUCGGCAUUGUGCAUCCUAAAAUGGAAGAGGCUUUCUUCGGCAAUUUUGAUCACAGAAGCGAUGUGGUGAAUGGAAAGCAUCCGAAUUCGGAUUUUUAUCAGACAUUUAUAAGGCUGGCGAAGGCUGUCUGGAUUCUUCACAAGCUGGCCUUUUCCUUCAAUCCUGUUCCCAGUCAUUUCCAUGUCAAAGCAAAUUCGGUGUUUCAGUCCACUUAUAUGGAGAGCGUGCUUCCGCUGCAUGAUUCCGCACAAGGCGGAGUGCAAUUGGUGGCCUUUGCCAUAACUCCUGGUUUUAAAUUUGUUCCAGAUACAGUCAUCAAGUCAAGAGUUUAUGUUGUGCAUAAGCUAGGAAAUAAUCCUGCAGAGUGAAUUCUUCGCAUUUUUAGUGGUAUCUGUGUAGCAUGACUGAAAUAUAAUCCAAUGCAAAUUUCCUUUCAA